AUGGACCACUCCACCGCGAUACUCGAUGAUGCUGGCAAGAAGAUCGACAAUGCUGCGAAGGCUUCAUCAAGCGACCGGAAUGGCGAAUCCAGCCGCUCGAACAACGACCGCGGUGAGAAGAGGCACGACAAGCCAUAUCAGUCACGUCACAACCAGGGCAAUGAUCGCAAGAGGAAAGGCAACUUCAACGACAGCAGCAUGCACCACGGAUCGCGACGAGGCGGACGUAACGACAAUAAGCGCCAUAAGAAAGGCGAUAUGGGAAGAGGAGAGUACUUUGCCACAAAUCCAGACAAGCGUCGACGUAAUGAAGAAGCAUCCGAGAAACGACUUCGCGAAGGUGCCAAGGGCCAGGGCGUAGAGUUCUCCAAGGACGAAAUCGAUGCCGAAGAGCGACGACCAAAACGUAAAGUCGCUGUCUUGAUCGGAUACUCUGGAACUGGCUACAAAGGCAUGCAGAUAUCGGGUACCGAGAAGACCAUUGAAGGAGACCUCUUUCAGGCUUUCAUCAAAGCUGGUGCAAUCAGCAAAGCCAAUGCCGAGGAUCCCAAAAAGAGCAGCUUGGUACGAUGUGCGAGAACGGACAAGGGCGUGCAUGCGGCAGGAAACAUGAUCAGUCUGAAGCUGAUUGUGGAGGACGAUGACAUUGUGGAGAAGAUCAACGAAGCAUUGAGCCCGCAGAUCAGAGUCUGGGGUAUCGAGAGGACAAUCGGCAGCUUCUCCUGCUAUCAAGCUUGCGACAGUCGUUGGUACGAGUAUCUGAUUCCAUCAUAUGCUUUCCUACCGCCACAUCCGAGCAGCUGGCUGGCCAAGCAGAUAGAAGCUGCAGCAGAUGCCGUAGGCGAUCGAGAAGGCUAUGAGGCGAGGCAAGCGGAGGUCAAAGGCUUCUGGCAGAAUGUGGAUGAGACCGACAUCAAGCCAAUACUGGAGACGAUCGACGAGGACAUCAGAUGGGACGUGAUCAGAGCACUGCAAGGUGAAGAAGAGGCUAGCGCGAAGACGGCCAAACCAGAACCCGAUGACGAGCAGCCUGAGAAGGAGGGCAAGAAGAAGAUCAAGCAGGAGCCCAAGGAUGAAAAGACCGAAGAAGCUGCCAUAAUCAUCAAUGACCCGAAGCUUAGCGAAGAAGUGAAGAUUGAGGCCAACGCGAAGACUGAACCGGACAUGAAGGUGGAAGCAGAUGUGAAGAGUGGAGCCCAGGACGAAACAGCACCGAAGAAGGUGGUGAACUCCGGAAUCGGCCUCCCAGAGAUCAAAACAGAAGAAGAUGCCGUCAAAACAGAGGUAUCAACCACAGAAGCCAUCGCAACUGCACAACCAGCCGCAGACCCCGAAAUGGAACGCACCCUACGCCUUCGCGCCGCCACAAAGCGACUCCGAAACGCCUACAUCCAAGCAAAACGCCGCUACCGCAUCCCCCAACAACGCAUCGCCCGCAUCCAAGACGCCCUAAACCGAUAUCUCGGCACCCGCAACUACCACAACUACACUAUCCAGAAAACCUUCAAAGAUCCCAGCGCCAAGCGCCACAUCAAAUCCUUCCAAGUCAACACCACCCCCGUCCUCAUCGGCGACGGCCCCGAAGACGACAAAACCGAAUGGCUCAGCAUGAAAGUCCACGGCCAAUCCUUCAUGAUGCACCAAAUCCGCAAAAUGGUCGGCAUGGUCACCAUCCUCGUCCGCUCCGGCGGCCAACUCGACCAAAUGGACAAAUCUUUCACAGAAGCGCGCUACAGUAUCCCCAAAGUACCAGGUCUCGGCCUACUUCUGGAACGACCCGUCUUCGACAGCUACAACACCCAGCAAGCAUCAAAGCACGAUCGCCCCACGCUGGAGUUCAGCAAGUAUGAUGCUAAGCUGCAGGAUUUCAAGGAGAGGGAGAUUUAUCAGAGGAUCUUCAGGGAGGAGGAGGAGAAGAAUGAGUUUGCGAGGUUUUUCAAUCAUGUGGAUAAUUUCAAGGAGUCGUAUUUUUUGUUUGUGACGAGUAAGGGGUUGGAUGCGACCAAGGAUAUUGAGAGGAGGUCUUGA